AUGUCAUACAACGCUUAUCUAUUUACAGUUUUUUUUGUCGGUUAUAUUCGUCAUUCAGUUGAAUCUAUCCGAUGCGGAACACUAUGUCCAUUCGCAUUUGAAUCGUUCAAUGUCAGUGUACCUGAAAAAAUAUGUCCACAAUAUACCGAUCAAGAAAAUGCACAAUGCUCACUCACCCUGAUGCUUGACAUUAGAUCAUCUGGUAGGGGUGGUGGUGGCGUACUAAUGAUUGAGAAUCAAACAGCACCUGAUCAGCUUCAUAUUGAAACAAUAUUUGGUCUUCAUAUGAGUUUAACUACUAUAAUUAGAUAUACUUGCUCUAUGUCGGACGACUGUGCAUGGGCAUUUGCUAAUGAACUUUUGGGUCCUAAAUUAGCUGAGUUAAAUACUUUUAUAUUCAAAAAACAUUCAAUAACUUGCUCUACACAAAUGUAUCGAAUCCAAACGGAGUUCAAUGUACGGGUAAUACAUGUACAAUGA